AUGGAGGAAAGAACGCCGAAAGUACGACAUGUUCGUCCUCAGGCGCACAGUGCAGACAGCCUGGAAAUUUGGCAGCCCAUUCCCAUUCUGCAGCCGGAUGCAGAAGGGCACCUUGCGACGUCAGUUGAGCGGCUCUUUGACGGGCUGUUGGGAAUUGCCAUGCAGUGUUUUGGCGGAAAUGAGUCCUCGGCACGUGCGAGGUUGCUUGCGGUAGUAAAGAAGAUUAUCAAUACAAGGCACCGCGUGACGUGCCUGCGCUGUGUGAUGAGCUUGCUGCUGGCACCGAGAGUUCGAGAUAUGGAGGCAGAAUUAGAGGAGCUUGCGCAAAGCAAGAGUCAUCGCAGGCAGCAGGUCAAGCGCUUCUUCGAGAACUACCGUCCACCGCAGACCUCCCGCGAGGUUCCAGUGGGGCAGGUAACCGAAGACAUCACAAAGAAUUCCGCAGCCUUGUUGGAGACGCAGUGCAAAUUUUGGCAUGUCGCUGAUGUUGCAGCCGGGAAAUCUAAGACAAACUUGGAGCCUCUCUCGGCACAAGACUCUUCGAAAGGUCAAACUCCAGCGAAGGCAUUGCACCCAAAACCCGACACCUGGAUAGUUCGAGGAGCACGCGAGCGCAAGCCACAACGUUGGACAUUGGCUGAACGUUUUCGGCAGGAAGUGUCAGACAGUGCUAGCAAUCAGUGGGAUGUGCGGCGCACCAGUAGCCUCAUCAAGCCCGCUUUGCCAUCUGCAUUGAAGAACUCGAAAUCAAGCAAAGUACUCAAGCAUGUGCAGUUGAGUGGACUUGGCGAGAAGUCGGUAUCUGCACCCUCUCUGCACAGCAGAUAUGGAGGAUGCGGUAAGGAUCCCCAGUCGGCAAGUGCGGGCAGCGAUGCUUUCUCCAGGAAUCCGGUCAUGGCCAUGACCUUCAAGGAAAGUUGGAAGGCCGAAGCGAAGGACAAGCAAAAGAAAGGUUCUGAAUCAGCGAUGACAAGGUACAUGACCACAUGUGAGCGAGGAGGCAUCUUACCAUCACCACUUGAUUUCAUCACAGGGCUGUCUCCGAGGCUCAAUGCCGUGAACUGGGCGCUGGCUGACUGUGAUCUCAUCCCUGUUGCAGCAAUGUUUCGUACCGUGCCCCAAGUUUUGGAAGUGGAUCUCAGUGGCAACACUCUGCUCACUGAUAAGUCCGUGGUUCCUCUUUUACAGAAGAUGAUGAGAAAUCCAGCCUGCAAGACUCUCUCAUCUUUGCGCCUUCGGCAAUGUAUACGACUUGGUCAUCCCUCCGUGGAGCUGCUCGUAAGUCUCAUUGCCAGCCCACAAGGCCUGAGCACGCUGAAAGUUCUGGACAUGAGUGGCAUUCACCUGCCGGUGAAGUCUCAGUUUGAACUUUGUAAGGCUUUAGGCGAUCAUUCGAACUUAGAGAACUUGAUGUUGGCGGACACCGGUCUGGGAAGCAAUCCAGCAAUCAAAAGAUGCCUGGAUGUCCUCUUCGGGUGCAGCACCUUGAUAGCACUUGAUUUGAGCUGGAACAGUUUCGGAGACGAGGUGUUUACUUCAAUUGGCACCAAUGUGGCACAUCCGCACGUGCAGCUGCGGUCCUUUUCAAUGUCGAGCUGCUCUUCAGCCAGUGAUGCUGAAGGUGCCAGCGUGAUGUUGGAGUCACUGAGCAAGGCAAGGAGCCUAACGUAUCUGGAUGUGUCCAUGAACCGGCUGGACCUGAAUGCAGCGCUGGUCCUCGCAGAUGCGCUGUCAGCACAUCCGUGCCUAAAGGAGUUGGAUGUGUCGCGAAAUCCUUUCGGGGCUCCAGGCGCUCAUUUCCUCAUCCGGCUUUUUGCCGUUUCGAAACUGGAGAAGCUGCAGUGCCUAGAGGCUUUUGACAUGGGCGAUGCUUUUCGGCAACACUUCUUCCAGUUCUGUAAUCCCGAAGGGGAAUACGACCUGAACAUGGGACUCCCUCACAGCCGUGCAGUGCUACGUAUUCUCUUGAAGCUGUGCAAGAUUCUGGGUCUGAGUACAAAGCAGGCCUUCACAGAUCUUACGCUAAGUGAAGGCUGCACGCCUUUGACGGAGGCAGUGGACGAGCAUGGCACGUUUGAGGUUCCCAUCGCAGGCCGCAUCACCUUCGUCUUCAGCACCACUAAGGCGACUGGCCCAGACGUCUACGAGGAGAGCAUGGAGAGCAUCGCAGAGUCGCUACUACUGCGGAAUGAACAAUGCAAGAUCCGGCUGCGCCUGGACAAAGCCGUGCUGUUGACCCCAGUUUUCGAUGCCCUGCAGGACAAGCUCCCUUUCAUUGAUGCACUGGCCAAGAACUUUGUGGUUGAGUAUUCCCACAUUGAGAUGCUUUGCAAGCUUGGUAAAACCAUGAUGAUUCCGACGAUCAUUCAAAGGCCAGGGGGCACCCGCGAGAAAGUGUGA